ACCGUAUUUCCACGUGUGUGAACAUAUGUCGAGCUCCUUAUAUAUACAUAGAAUUUGUACAAAAAAAAAGUCUGUUUCAAGAAAAAUAGAAAUGUAUUUUUGUUGCAGACAAUAGGUACAUUGUACGUACAACUCAAAAUAUGUGGGAGAUUCAUGGAUAUAUGCAUGUAUCUGUUCCCGUGCGUGCUCUGUUCAAGACGCGCGACACGCUCGUGCCUUCGACGCUUCUUCGUGCGCGCGCAGUUUGCUACCUCUCCAUGCGCGCGCGCGCGCACGAACGCACCGCCGGGUAGGAAGAAGAACGGAUCGCUUUCGUUUCGACGAUGGAAUUCUACGACGGAAUGCGAGAUACCGACCGCGCGCGCUCGCCGGCCCUGCGUGCCGCGCGCAUUGACUUUUCAUCAAACGGGACGCGCGAAAGCCAAGUCGCCGCACGUAACCGGCAUGCAACUUCCUGCCUAGUCUCCACGCCUCGCUAGCUCCAUCGACCGCCUCUUCGCUCCUGCCUGCGUUAUAUAUAGGCGCGACCCGUUCAUUCCAUAGCUACUACCACCUCGUUGAAGAAUUACAUCUCGACGACAUUGCCAAAACCCAGCGUCGUGCAGCCCCCCUACAAGCUUGUUGCAAAGGGAGAAGAGAGAGACAGAAGAAGAAGAAAGCCAAGGUUGACGAGAUCGAUGGCCGUCUUGAGGAGGACGAUGAAGCUCGCUCUGCCGAUGAUCGUGGCGGCGUUCCUACUUCUGGCGGUGCUCGGCGAGGCGCGGCCGCUGGGCGGCGCCGACUGGGCGGCCGCAGGAGGGACCCCGCUGCCGGGCGCGUCGACGACCAUGGCCCAGGCGCUCCGGCGGCUGUACACGCAGCGGCUGACCGGGCCUGGCGCCUCGUGCACCACCAACAGCCCGAACGUCCCCUGCCCGCCGUAGAGGCCGGGCGGCCGGCGGCGCGACUCGGCCGUCCUCCACGACCACCCCUUCCUCUCUCGGGUUUUUGACGGACCAGCCCGGGCGGUGGUGGCGGGCUCACAGUGUUCGCAUGUUCUUUUUCCCUAGCUAGGACAUGGUUGGAUUGAUUGAAUUCGUUGGUUGGUUUCUUGGAGAUCUUUUUGUUGCCCGCGCGUGCUCUUCGCCGGGUGUUGAUUUGUACAGAAGAAAAGAUACUCGUAUACUUGGUAGGAUCUGUUCAUUUGAAUAAAACAUAGGCAAGGUGCAAAAGUGCGCCAGCAACACAUGUAUAUUCCUUUCUCU